AUAUGGUACGUUGACUUCCGCCGUCGAUGUUAAAGCAGUGCUAUCAUGGCGGAGCGCGUUCAGCAGCCCCCAGCCAAACGGCUCUGCUGUAGACCGGGUUAUAACACGAAUUGUAGACAGGGACAACGGGCCGGGGGUACGUUAUGUGGCGGUUCGGGUGCGGCCCAAGGCGGGUCGAGCAAAACCCAGACCCCGGAGUCUCUGUUGGACAUCUCGGCCCGGAAAGUGGCUGAGAAGUGGCCGUUUCAACGGGUAGAGGAGCGCUUCGAACGGAUCCCGGAGCCCGUACAGAGACGGAUCGUUUACUGGUCUUUCCCAAGGAGUGAACGGGAGAUCUGCAUGUAUUCUUCGUUCAGUACAGGGGGAGAGGAGAGUGGAACUAGCGGGGAAAAUAUUGAUGAGACGCGGCUGCCUUUCAGACGAGGCAUCGCUCUGUUGGAGAGCGGCUGUGUGGACAACGUAUUGCAAGUCGGGUUCCACCUCAGUGGAACGGUAACAGAACCGGCCACGCCGUCGGAACCCGAGCUCGUCUGCAGCGUGAGUGUCAGCUUCGACCGCUGCAAGAUAACCGCGGUCACGUGCAGCUGUGGCAAUAAGGACAUCUUCUACUGCGCGCAUGUGGUAGCGUUGGCCCUGUACCGCGUACGGAAGCCUGAGCAGGUCAAACUGCACCUGCCCAUCUCAGAGACACUGUUCCAGAUGAACAGAGACCAGCUGCAGAAAUUUGUUCAGUACCUGAUAACAGUACACCACACGGAGGUGCUGCCCACUGCUCAGAAACUAGCUGAUGAGAUUCUGUCAACAAACUCUGAGAUCAACCAGGUCCAUGGGGCCCCAGACCCCACGGCAGGGGCCAGUGUAGAUGAUGAGAACUGUUGGCACCUGGAUGAGGAGCAGGUCCAGGAGCAGGUGAAACUCUUUCUCUCACAGGGAGGAUACCACGGCUCUGGGAAACAACUCAACCUGCUGUUCAGCAAGGUGAGAGAGAUGUUGAAGAUGCGUGACUCCAACGGUGCCAGGAUGUUAACGCUGAUCACAGAACAGUUUAUGGGCGACCCUCGUCUGGCACUGUGGAGACAACAGGGAACCACCAUGACCGACAAAUACAGACAGCUGUGGGAUGAGCUAGGUACCCUGUGGAUGUGUAUUGUGCUGAACCCCCACUGUAAGUCGGAGCAGAAGUGUGUGUGGCUGAGACAGCUUAGACGGUGGAACAGCAUCGAUGUGUGUCCAUGGGAGGACGGAAACCAUGGCAACGAACUACCCAACCUCACACACGCACUACCGCACGGCAACCCAGACUUGUCGUCUCGUCCUCAUAGGACAGUGUUUACGAGGGCCAUUGAGGCCUGCGACCUGCACUGGCAGGACACACACCUGCAGCGCGUCAUCACACAUGACCUCUGCACACACACACACACACACUGUCCCCACGACAACCACGGCAGUGGAGGGGCACUGUUUGACGCCCGCGGAUGGCCCCUCUGGCACGAGCACGUCCCAACAGCGUGCGCGAGGGUUGACGCGCUGCGGUCACAUGGUUAUCCCAGGGAAGCCUUGCGAUUGGCCAUUGCUAUUGUCAACACACUCAAACGGCAGCAACAGAAACAACUACAGCUCCUCCGCAACCACAAAAAAGAGCUGCUCCAUAAAGGCAUGACGUCAGUCACUAACAUGGAGGGCUGGGUGGGCCACCCUUUGGACCCUAUUGGCACUCUGUUCAGCACCCUACUGGACACGGGACGGGGAGAUGAGGAGGGGGGCAACGCCUUCCUAGACUUCUCAGGCUCUGUGAGUUCAGCCAAAAGGUUGGAGCCCCACCUCUUCCCAGCACAACACUUCCUGGACGAUGGCCAAUCGUUCGUAACACUGGCUGUAGAGACGGCUCUGAUUGGCUUAGGGCAGCAGAGGGUGAUGCCUGACGGCCUAUACGCCCAGGAGAAGGUGUGUCGCAACGAAGAGCAGCUAUUGGCCAAGCUCCAGGAAGUGGAACUGAACGAUGCCCUGGUCAAGAUCUUCCGCAAGCAAGCAGUCUUCCUGCUAGAGGCUGGUCCAUACAGUGGUCUAGGAGAGUUGCUCUACAGAGAGAGUGUUCCCAUGCAUACUUUCGCCAAGUAUCUCUUCACCUCCCUACUACCUCACGACGCUGAACUGGCGUACAAAAUUGCACUGAGAGCCAUGAGGUUACCGGUCCUGGAAACCACGGCUCCAUCAGGUGAUCUAUCCAGACCUCACCAUAUAGUAUCUAUGGUCCCUAACCGCUACCCUCGCUGGUUCACUCUAUCUCACAUAGAGUCACAACAAUGUGAACUGGCCUCCACCAUGCUUACCGCAGCCAAAGGCGAUGGGCGUAAGUUAGAAACGGUGUUAGAGUCCAUCCAGAAGAACAUCCACUCCUCGUCUCACAUCUUCAAACUGGCUCAGGAUGCCUUCAAGAUCGCUACUCUGAUGGACAGCCUGCCAGACCUCACACUGCUUAAAGUCUCACUGGAGCUGGGCCUUCAGGUGAUGAGAAUGACUCUGUCCACGUUGAACUGGAGGAGGAGAGAGAUGGUACGGUGGCUGGUCACCUGUGCCACAGAAGUUGGUGUGUAUGCGUUGGACAGCAUCAUGCAGAGUUGGUUCACCCUGUUCACCCCGACCGAGGCCACCAGCAUCGUGGCCACCACCGUCAUGUCCAACACCACCAUCGUCCGGCUGCACCUGGACUGUCACCAGCAGGAGAACCUGGCCUCCUCCGCCCGAACACUGGCCCUGCAGUGUGCCAUGAAGGACCCCCAGAACUGUUCCCUCUCCGCCCUCACCCUCUGUGAGAAGGACCACAUCGCCUUCGAGACGGCCUACCAGAUCGUUCUGGACGCGGCCGUCACGGGGAUGAGCUACACACAGCUCUUUACAAUAGCCAGGUACAUGGAGCACAGAGGAUAUCCCAUGAGGGCUUACAAGCUGGCCACGCUAGCCAUGGCCCACCUUAACCUCAGCUACAACCAGGACACCCACCCGGCUAUCAAUGACGUGCUGUGGGCCUGUGCUCUGAGUCACUCUCUGGGGAAGAAUGAGCUGUCUGCUGUCAUUCCCCUGGUGGUGAAAAGUGUGAAGUGCGCCACUGUGCUGUCAGACAUUUUGAGACGGUGCACAUUGACCACGCCGGGCAUGGUGGCGCUGCACAGCCGCAGGAACUCUGGGAAGCUGAUGUCGCUGGACAAGGCUCCACUCAGGCAACUGCUGGACGCCACCAUCGGAGCCUACAUCAACACCACGCACUCUCGCCUCACGCACAUCAGCCCGCGCCACUACAGCGAGUUUAUAGAGUUUCUCAGUAAGGCCAGAGAGACGUUCCUCAUGGCUCAGGACGGACACAUCCAGUUUACCCAGUUCAUAGACAACCUUAAACAGAUCUACAAGGGCAAGAAGAAACUCAUGAUGCUCGUACGGGAGAGGUUCGGUUGACGAAGACUAAACUUAAAAACUAUUGUGAUUGGUCGAUGGAUGUAUGGAGAUUGAGAGCGAUCACGCCCCCUUUUACUUGAUUCUGCGUUUGUUUCCCUUUUAACUUAAAAAGUGACGGAAAAAGUGAAAGAAAAACCUGAAAACAACAAAAGGCCACAUCGGUAUUAAUGUGUAUAGACCCUAUUUAGUUCACAAGCAAACAAAAAAGAAAAUUGUCAUGUUGUGGAAGUGUGUGUGUGUGUGUGUGUGUGUGUGUGUGUGUGUGUGUGUGUGUGUGUGUGUGUGUGUGUGUGUGUGUGUGUGUGUGUGUGUGUGUGUGUGUGUGUGUGUGUGUGUGUGUGUGUGUGUGUCCUUUAUGUAUAAAGACAGUGUGAAAGAGUGUAAGAGAGAGAGAGAGAACUAAAGAGAAAAAUAAAAUCUUUUUACACUGAGUAUAUGUUGUCCAGUGGCGAGAUGUCCACAUAGCACUCCUGUCCCCCUCUGUUAAAUGCUCACAGCUCAGAGACAAUGAGACAAACAAGGCUUAAAACCAAACAGAGCAACUCCAUCAGACGUGACCAGUACCUCGUACGGACCCAGCUUUAUUCCCCCCUUAUCCUUAUCCCUUCCUCACCCCUCCUUCCCCCACUCAGUGUGGUCAGUGUGUGUUAACAGUUAAAUAACAACACAAACAGUUCACUAUCCAGUUCAGUCCACAAUUUCUUGUUUUAUUUCUCUUUAGUAAGAGAGAUCACCAACAUCAGGCUGACUGUGGCUUUAGUAACAGGGAUCACCAACUCCAGGCUGACUGUCUGCUGUGGCUUUAGUAACAGGGAUCACCAACUCCAGGCUGACUGUCUGCUGUGGCUUUAGUAACAGGGAUCACCAACUCCAGGCUGACUGUCUGCUGUGGCUUUAGUAAAAGAGAUCACCAACUCCAGGCUGACUGUCUGCUGUGGCUUUAGUAACAGGGAUCAUCAACUCCAGGCUGACUGUGGCUUUAGUAACAGGGAUCAUCAACUCCAGGCUAACUAUCUGUUGUGGCUUUAGUAACAGGGAUCACCAACUCCAGGCUGACUGUCUGCUGUGGCUUUAGUAAGAGAGAUCACCAACAUCAGGCUGGCUGUGGCUUUAGUAACAGGGAUCAUCAACUCCAGGCUGACUGUCUGCUGUGGCUUUAGUAACAGGGAUCACCAACUCCAGGCUGACUGUCUGCUGUGGCUUUAGUAACAGGGAUCAUCAACUCCAGGCUGGCUGUGGCUUUAGUAACAGGGAUCAUCAACUCCAGGCUAACUAUCUGUUGUGGCUUUAGUAACAGGGAUCACCAACUCCAGGCUGACUGUCUGCUGUGGCUUUAGUAACAGGGAUCACCAACUCCAGGCUGACUGUCUGCUGUGGCUUUAGUAACAGGGAUCAUCAACUCCAGGCUGACUGUCUGCUGUGGCUUUAGUAACAGGGAUCAUCAACUCCAGGCUGACUGUCUGCUGUGGCUUUAGUAACAGGGAUCACCAACUCCAGGCUGACUGUCUGCUGUGGCUUUAGUAACAGGGAUCAUCAACUCCAGGCUGACUGUCUGCUGUGGCUUUAGUAACAGGGAUCAUCAACUCCAGGCUGACUGUCUGCUGUGGCUUUAGUAACAGGGAUCAUCAACUCCAGGCUGGCUGUGGCUUUAGUAACAGGGAUCAUCAACUCCAGGCUGACUGUCUGCUGUGGCUUUAGUAACAGGGAUCAUCAACUCCAGGCUGACUGUCUGCUGUGGCUUUAGUAACAGGGAUCAUCAACUCCAGGCUGACUGUCUGCUGUGGCUUUAGUAACAGGGAUCAUCAACUCCAGGCUGACUGUCUGCUGUGGCUUUAGUAACAGGGAUCAUCAACUCCAGGCUGACUGUCUGCUGUGGCUUUAGUAACAGGGAUCAUCAACUCCAGGCUGACUGUCUGCUGUGGCUUUAGUAACAGGGAUCAUCAACUCCAGGCUGACUCUCUGCUGUGGCUUUAGUAACAGGGAUCAUCAACUCCAGGCUGACUGUCUGCUGUGGCUUUAGUAACAGGGAUCAUCAACUCCAGGCUGACUGUCUGCUGUGGCUUUGCAGUGUUGUUUACCCUGAUGCUUUAGACACGUGCAGAAACACACACACACACACACGAGCAUAGAAACACAUAGUAACGGACACACUCAAACACAUGCAGUUGCAGAAACAACCUGUAAACACACACUUGCAGAAAAACACAAUUAUACUGUCAUAGUGCUUGCGCUUGUGGAAACUUAGCAACUGUCAACAUACAUUCUCAGGGAUUUCUCAACAAAAAAAGCAAAGGAAAAUAAAAAAGAGAGAAUGAGAGCAUUUUAUUGUACUGUAUAUAUAAUAGUAUAUGUCUGAAUAUUGAAAACAAAUGUAUACGUUAACUAAUUUAUUAAAUCAUAUUCUAUGUAAUGCAAAAUACUUGAAGCUGCAGUACCAUGGUUUUUAUAACCAAAACAUAUCAGAAGGACUUUUAAAACGUGUCGCGUUGCGUCAUCAGGGGCCAGGACAAAGGUCAAAGGUUAGGGGUCAUCUCAGUAGGACUGUUAGCUGGUCGACCCCAGAGAGACAGACUGACAUCCACUGGACUGCUUGACAGGAACCGGCUGUUUGCAAAAAAAGGACAUGGAUGUUGUAUUUAGUAUGGACCAGCAAAAUAUAUUAAUCCUCCAGUUGAACACAGUUGUAUUGGGCACCGUGGUAUAAGAGGAGAGAAAGAGAGAGAAACUGCCCAGGAGCCCGAUCAGUAAUGCCUUAGCAUUACAAAUGGAGAACUCCGGCCCAGUGCCUACGAAGCCGUGAAAAAAUCCCUGACUCUUUACUAAUAAUUAGCAUAGUAAUACGCUGUGGUGAAAUUUGGUUUGUUCACGCAUCAUGUCUCCUUCCACAGUGUUCAAGUCACAAAAAAUAAUCUACAUUAUAUGCAGAACAACCAAUUAAAACAUGUACUUGCCUCUACAAUGAACCCACAACACGCCUCUACAACGAACCCACAACACGCCUCUUCUGUCGACUCCUUGACUUUGUGCAGGACAGAAAGUUGCUAUGUUUGGUCUUGACUGUUCAAUUUUGUUUUGUUACGCUUUUUUACAUGUUUCUCCUUUUUUAACUUUUUAGUUAUCUCUCUAGAAUUAUUCAAUGAGAACAGCCUUCUUUCUUGCCUUGUCUUAACGCUUUAAAACAACCAAACGGGAGUUCUGACUACCAAACUUUGUUCAUUGAAAUGAAAAAGCCAACCAACUUUGGUUACAACUUUUAGUGUCUUUCAUUUUUAGCUGAAUGGUUCUGUGUUCUGUGCUUUAAAAAGCCCUUCUCUGUUUGUUUUUGGGAUCAGAAACAUUGUCUAGUGUCUCUUGUCCCCUCCUCCCCUAGAGGUUUGUCCAUAGGUCCUUUGUCCAAAGACAUAUCAUUCACGUUCCAUUGUAUUUAUUAUGAUAGGUAAACGAUUGUACUUCUUCAACCGUGUCAACACUGCUCAUGUGUUAGAAUUCAGAUUUGAUACACCAAUAUCAAUUUAUUUAUGUAACUAAAUCACUGUUUUUUAAACUUGUUAAUGAUUGAACUUUUUUGUUUUAAUUAAAAUUUGUUUUUUGAGAGGA